UCAAAAUGGCAGGUGCCACCAGAUACAUUGAACCACACGCAGACAUGCAGGGACAAUUUGAGGCUUUGAGCAAUGCAUCGAGACGAAACGCAUUGUAAGUGAAGAAUCAAGAUUGAAGAUCUUUUUUUUUUUUAUUUUUUUGGCCUGCGAGAGUGAGAGAUGAACACGAGGCAGCAAAGAGUGUUGAAAUUGGUAAUGUGGAUUCUGGCACUCUGCCUCAUUGUUCACGUAGCGGGACGACCCUUGUAUUGGCAUCUCAGCGAGAACUUCAACGCCACUGUUCGCCACGCCGCCUCUUCGUCUUGUCCGCCUUGUCCCUGUGAUUGUUCUUUUCAACCCCUUCUUUCUCUCCCUGAAGGUUUGAGCAACAGUUCCAUUACAGAUUGCAUGAAGGAAAACCCAUUGAUCAGUGAAGACAUGGAGAAGAGUUUCAUAGACCUUGUGUCAGAAGAAGUGAAGUUGAAGGAAGCAGAAGCUCGUGAAAACCAUCGGCGUGCUGACGUGGCACUCUUAGAGGCUAAGAAAUUAGCAUCACAAUAUCAAAAGGAGGCAGACAAGUGCAAUUCAGGGAUGGAUACAUGUGAGGAAGCUAGGGAAAAAGCUGAAGCAACACUCGAUGAUCAAAUGAAGAUAACUGCUCUGUGGGAGCUCAGGGCAAGGCAAAGGGGAUGGGCCGAGUCCAGGGUGAGGUUUCGUCAUGCUUAUGUCUGAACAUAAAGUGCCCAUUCUUAUGUGUAAAAUCAACAUUAUCUGACAUGCAUGUCAGUCGCUCAUUCAUUCUUUUAUUCAUUGAUUCAUUCGUUAGUUUCUUGACACCAUUUGCUGGAAAUAUAAAUGCUGAAGAAAAUAAUUGCUUUUGGUUUCGCUUCUGUUUAAAUGAUCUCUUCUGCA